AAACCAAGAGGUGCACCUUGUUUAUCCAAACACCACAUACCAAAAGCCACACAAAAUACAUCCCUCCUCCUCCCCCGACGUAUAUCAUUCGAUUGUUUGAGUUCAUCCCAUACAAAAAAAAAAUAGAAAAAACCAUACUCUUAGCUCAAAUAAAAUACAUAUACAAUCCGGCAGUCGAAGCAACUAACUCCGUCUUUGAGAAAAUGGGCUGUGCCUCCUCGAAACGAAUAGAGGCAGCAGCCGUGGAUUACAAGCCGGCACCAGCGAGCUACGCCGUCUUUGAUAUCAACUCCGUCCAAGAGCCCUGGCUGGUAUUCGACAAUACAACGUCGCAGGAGCAGGAGCAGCAGCAAAGCCGCGAAAAGCCCGCGCACAUGCCCGCCCAAAUCCUCGACAAGCUCAACUCGUUCGAAAACGAAGCGGGGGUAGCCGCCCCUCACACAUGGGACGAAGUCAGCAAGGCCUUAGAGGACCUGAAGCCCAAUAUCAGGCCCAAACCCAAGUCCGAGCCCGAUACCCAGCCCGAACAGAGCCCAUCACCAGCCCAGAACGAACCGGCUAGUAGGAAGCCGCGCAAGAGCGCAUCCUUCCACACGCUCGAAGAGCUCGACGCGAGACACACGGCGAAGCCGACUCCGUUGAAAAAGAGUGAGUCGAUGCGGUCCGCGUGGAAGAAACCCGUCCCCGCUGAGCCGGCCCGGUUCGAGUCACGAGCUGACACGGCGGCGGCUGAGUCGACGACGACAGUCAUAAAGUCGGUGAGGGAUAAUAUGUUUAUAAUGAGGGAUAGGAUGGAGAGAGAGAAAGAGGGAAAGCUGGCGGCUUACGAUAGGAUGAUGAAGACCAGGCGGGACCCACUGAGCGAGUACCCGGAGAAGUGUCCGCCUGGCGGGGCGGAAUCUGUGGUGGUGUACACGACGUCGUUGAGGGGCGUGCGGCGGACGUUCGAGGACUGCAGUAAGGUGAAGGGGAUUAUGGAGGGGCACAGGAUCGUGUACGACGAGCGUGACGUGGCGCUGCACGGGGAGUUUUUGGGUGAGCUGAAGGGAUUGCUGGGUGGGGAGAGUAGUGGCAGUGAUGGUAAUAACGUGAGCGUACCGAGGGUUUUUGUGAAGGGGAGGUAUAUUGGGGGAGUGGAUGAGAUGGUGGAGCUGAAUGAGUCGGGCGUAUUUGGCAGGAUGGUGAAGCUGGCACGUGUGGAGAGAGGGGUGGGGUGGAAAGUGUGCGAGGGGUGUGGUGGGGCCAGGUUUGUGCCGUGUAUGGAGUGCGGAGGGAGUUGUAAAGUGGUGGUUGGGGAUAAGAGGGAGAGGUGCCCCAAGUGUAACGAGAAUGGACUAGUGCACUGCGUGGCUUGUUGGUCAUCGUAAUCUAACUUUCACUGGGAUAUGACACGAGAAAAACUUAUAUGUGAUGGGAAUUUACGGUGAUUAAUCAUAUGUGAUUUAUAGAAUUUAUGUUGUACUGGCAUAAUGUUUGAUUAGAAGGUAUAAUUACCGUGAUAAUUUUGUUGUCAGUACUCGUUUGUAUAAUGAUGUCUAGUAGGGUUUUAAUUAUCUUUUUGCUUCUAAUGAUGUCUUAAGUUUUUAAUGGUGUUGAGAAAUGUACGGUUUGUCCCACAA